AGUUGCUAUUAAUUCAAUGUCAAAUCAAAUUUGUCCACUAUUUUUUAUUGAAUUUAUUGUUAAGUUACCAUUGACUUCGGCCUCUGGAUGUCAUUAGCGAUAAGCACGCCGUUACGUUUACUUGUGAUAUUUGGAUUUCGUAAUAUGAAUACUUUAUACGCAAUCAUAGUUUUUCUUUGCCUUGCGUCUAUCAAUAAGUGUGUGCAUAGUUUUGAAUUCAUAUUUCAACGGGAUAGUACAAGUGAUCCGGACGUAUUUUUGAAUUCACCGCAGCUGAUUCGAAAAUAUAAUUACACUGUUGAAGAACACGAGGUUACCACGGAGGAUGGAUAUAAGUUAAAUAUCUUCAGGAUACCUAAAAAAGCACCACCAGUUCUACUCGUCCAUGGAAUUGGAGACAGUUCUGACUGCUGGUUGGUAUUAGGUCCCAAACAUUCCCUGGCAUAUCAACUAGCAGAUAACGGCUACGAUGUUUGGUUAUUCAACGCAAGAGGAAACCGGUACAAUAAGGAAAAUGUCAAUAAAGUGCCGGAUAAAAUAUUUUGGGACUUCUCGUUUGAGGAAAUUGGAUAUCGAGACUUACCAAGGACCAUUGAUUACAUAUUGAAUGUUACGAGUAUUUCAAAGCUGACGUACAUCGGAUUCUCUCAAGGAACAACAGUGUUUUUGGUGAUGUUGAGUUUAAGACCAGAGUAUAACAUUAAAAUAGAACAUGCUAUUCUAUUGGCCCCUGUCAGUUCUUUGAUUACUACAAAGUACCCACUUAUAGAUUUUUUCUAUAACAAUUUGGAUAAACUGAAGUCUCUCGCUAGGCAUAUUUUUGAAGUGUUUCCAUUCAAUGAAAGAUUGAAUCGGUAUCACGUGGCAGUGUGCAACCCACGAUCGCCUUUGCGAUUACUUUGUGAAUCGGAAUUAUUUGUUAAUUUUGGCUUGAAAAAAUUGACGAAUCUAUUACCAGAAAAAUUGCCAGUCAUAACAAGCCACAUACCCGCUGGAACAUCUUCAAAACUCUUUCUACAUUUCCUCCAAUCCUAUAAAGGUUUUCGCAGAUACGAUUAUGGAGGAACAAGAAAUAAAAUCGUUUAUUCCUCGCCAUCCCCACCAGAAUAUGAUUUAUCUCGAAUAUUUGUGCCAGUUACUUUAAUUACUAGUGAAGUGGAUUGGUUUAGCGCAAUUGAUGACGUGAAUGUGCUUAAAAAUAAGCUGCAAAACGUAGAUAAAUUUAUAGUUAUAGAAAAAAACCGCCAGUUUACGCAUUUAGAAUUUAUAUACGGUGCUAGGGUAAACAAAUUUAUUAAUCAGCCUGUUUUAAAUAUUUUAGAAUUUAUACAUAAAGUCUAAAACUUUCAGAAGCAUUAAGGUGCUCCGGCUGUGAAAGAAUUACUUUUUAAAUGAAACUAAUAUUUUUUGGAUAUACCACGCGUACUUAAUUUUUUUGUUAAAACUACAUACUCUCGACGUUUCGGUUAAUUUUCAGCAAUCGUGAUCACGGCUGCCCGUCUGCACGAGAUGAGAAUUCUCAUCGUCGGGAGAAGGUAGUUUUAAAAGUAUUAAAAUAACGCGUAGCAAUCCGAAGAUAUUAGUUUCAUUUAAAUGAAUAAAACUCGCGAAAGUCUUAGAUCUCAGGAAUUACUUUUGUACAUAUUUUAUAAGCUAUUUGUAAGUAGUAAUCGUAAUGGAUGAUAUAAAUAAUUUUGUUGCCAAUUUUAACAAAUUAAGGAAUCCGAGUGUUCUAUAUAAACAAGUACAUUUGGUAAAUAAUGUUUUGAAGUAAAUAGUGCUUUAAAAAUAUAACCCGCGUAAAUUUAGUUUAUAUUUUAAUUUCCAAGCUUACAUUUAAGUUUCGUUGCAGUAAUCAUGCUCGCAAAAGGAAAAACUUAAUGUUUCUAAAAAAUAUCAUCUUGGAUCGAGUGAGACGAGGUUGACAAGCAAAAUAUAAACCAAACAUACGCGAGUUUUAUCCGAAAAUAAAACUUUUUUAAGUUUAACUAGUGAAAGUCAUAAAAAAAUGUUAAUCGGGCUUACCUGAUACUUAUAUUUAUCUCUCUAUACAAUAUUUAAAUGUUGUGAAAUAAAAAAAAAUGUAAUAACACGAUAGUUGUGUUUGUUUUAGGGCAGUAAAAUAUAAAAUUUUAAUUUAAGGUCAUUUUUAUUAUGCGCCGAAAAACCAGUUUAUCACAAACGGCAUUCUUGACAUUGAGUUUUGACCUCGAUGAGAAUGUUAGCUGUGAGCCUCUGUCAAUUUAUGGACAAGUAGUAAAUCUAUGAUUUAAGAAAUAUAUAUGGAAGCUUAAUUUAAAAAAGAGCAAUUUAAUUUAAAAAUUUAAUAAUUUGAGCAAUAUAUGACGCGUUGAAGCAAGCACUGUCUUAGAAGUUUUUUUUUAUCAAUUUUAUUUUAUGUUUUGAGUUUAGCAUUUCUCAAUUGUCUAUCAGGUAUUUUAAAUAUUCUGUUUAA